AUGGCAGUAGAAUGGUCCCGCGUCGAAAUAAACUGGGACCCCGGCGACCCGGACUUCUGGGUUUUCGAGCUCUUCUUCAACACGCCGCUGUACAAUUACGACUGGACGACGCACCACAAGGACUUCUUUUGUUGCCAGUGCCGCGGACGCAACUACGACAGCGAGGAGAUCGUGGAGGACUUCGAUGCCCCGACGGGGAUGUGCCAGGAUUGUGGGCAUCUGUUUUGUGUGGGGUGUCUGACGUGGCCGGAAUAUGGGGAUGCGAAUGAGGAGUGCGAUGAGUAUGUGUGUGGGGAGGAUGACUGGUGGGAUGUUUGUCCUGCGGGGCAGGUGAUGUGA